UUUUAUUUUGAAAGUCCGUUUAACGCGGAAGUCUACCGCAGGGAAGAUAACAUUAGGCUUUUAGCCUACUUGUAGAAGAUAUCAGAGCACCUCAGUACAAUAUCCAGCAUGGCUUACAGUGCCAUGAUCGGCCCGUCCAUUCUAAGCAGUGAUCUCGCCUGCUUGGGUAGUGAGUGUGAGCGGAUGAUGGAGUGCGGGGCAGAUUACCUCCAUCUCGACGUUAUGGACGGGCAUUUCGUCCCAAACAUCACGUUUGGCCAUCCCAUGGUGGAGUGCCUGAGGAAGUCUGUGGGACUGGACCCUUUUUUUGACAUGCAUAUGAUGGUGUCCAGACCAGAGCAGUGGGUCAAGGCCAUGGCAGCAGCAGGGGCCAACCAGUACACCUUCCAUCUGGAGGCCACCACCAACCCUGGCAACCUCAUUAAAGACAUCCGGGAGAGUGGAAUGAAGGUGGGCGUGGCCAUCAAGCCUGGUACUACAGUAGAGGAGUUGGCUCCCUGGGCAGGACAAAUAGACAUGGCCUUGGUCAUGACUGUGGAACCUGGCUUUGGGGGACAGAAGUUUAUGGAGGAAAUGAUGCCCAAGGUGGCAUGGCUGAGGAAUCAAUUCCCUUCGUUGGACAUUGAGGUGGAUGGAGGAGUGGGCCCUGACACCAUCCACAAGUGUGCCGAGGCGGGGGCUAACAUGAUUGUGUCAGGCAGUGCAGUGGUGAGCAGCCCCGAUCCUCGCUCUGUCAUCGCUCUGCUGCGUACUGUGGUUGUUGAGGCAAUCCAGAAACGCUCGCUGGAUCGUUGACUCAUCUACCGUCAGAAGGACCCUGUGGCAAAUGGCCCACUGCAGCCUGUUCUAGCAAAGCAACAGACAAACUUGUCAGGAGGGUCAAGGAGUGAUUGUGGGCACAGUAUAUGACGAGGGUUGAGGAUUGCAGAUUGGGUGCUGAAGUCACAGAAGUUGGACCCUCUUCAAAUCAUCAUCAGAUCUACCAUACCUUCACCAACACUUCUCCAGUUAACUCCACGGUUAUCCACCACCAGCAGCAUAGGCCUGCAAACAAUUAUGCGACAACUGAUACCAGAAGUCUUGGUUAUAUAUGAUUUCACACUUAAAUUGUAAACAUUCCUGUAAUUUUUUUAAAUAGUACUUUUGGUGAGUUAGAAAAAUUUAAAAAUGAUUAUAACAUUUAAUAUGUUCAAUUAAAUGUGUUCAAAUGUAA